UCGUGCGCGUGGUAUUGAGCUGUAGGGAAGGGUGCGCGCGUGUGUUUGUGUUCAUGUGUGAGGAGAAUCAAAGUGAACUGGCUCUUAGCUCUCGGGCUAACAGUAGCUGGCUAACGCCGCGUCCUGGGUCUCCAGCCUCGCUCGUCAUGUGAACGAAAGUGACUGCUGUCCUCAGCCCAUCUGUUUGCCUGCUCUUCACCUUCAGCCUCGGCCCGGUCUGUGAGCAGUCAUGACCAAAUCAUACGAGUUCAACUGGCAGAAACACAUUCCUGACUUCCUGCAGGAAGGAGCCGUGUUUGACCGAUUCGAUGAGGAUCCCUUCGUCUUUGAGCCCAGCUGCCAUUUCAAAGUCGACGAGUUUGGCUUCUUUCUCACGUGGAAGAGUGACGGAAAGGAAGGUCAGCUUCUAGAAUGUUCUCUGAUCAACAGCGUCCGUCCCGGAGUCGUGCCGAAGGACCCGAAGAUCCUGGCGUCUCUGGAAGCCGCAGGGAAGAGUGAGGCGGAUCUGGACGGUCGCAUCAUCUGCGUCUGCAGCGGGCCGGACCUGGUCAACCUCAGCUUCAUGUACAUGGUGACGGACAACACGGAGACGGCCAAGAAAUGGAUGGAAGGACUGAAAUCGGUGAUUCACAACUUCAAGGCGAAUAACGUGUGUCCAAUGACAUGCCUGAAGAAACAUUGGAUGAGACUCUCCUUCGUAACGAAUGUCAACGGCAAAAUCCCGGUCCGAGGCAUAACACGGACGUUCGGCUCGGGUAAAACAGAGAAAGGAAUCUUCCAGGCGCUGAAGGAGCUUGGUCUUCCCAGUGGGAAGAAUGAUGAAAUCGAGCAUUCGGCCUUCACCUUCGACAUCUUCUACGCUCUGACGCAGAAGAUCUGCCCUCGCACGGACAUCGAGGAGCUCUUCAAGAAGAUCAACGGAGACAAAAGUGAUUAUUUAACCGUAGAGCAGUUAGUCAGCUUUCUGAAUGAAAACCAGCGGGACCCUCGGCUCAACGAGAUCCUCUUUCCCUUCUAUGACGCCAAACGAGUCAUGCAGAUCAUUGAGAAGUACGAGAGAGACGCAGACUUAAAAAAGAAAGGUCACAUGUCCAGCGACGGCUUCUGCCGCUACCUGAUGUCAGACGAGAACGCGCCGGUGUUCCUGGACCGUCUGGAUCUGUGUCAGGAGAUGGAGCAUCCGCUGGCUCAUUACUUCAUCAGCUCCUCACACAACACCUACCUGACGGGCCGGCAGUUCGGCGGGAAGUCCUCGGUGGAGAUGUACCGACAGGUGCUGCUGUCCGGAUGCAGGUGCGUGGAGCUGGACUGCUGGGAUGGUAAAGGUGAGGAUCAGGAGCCCAUCAUCACUCAUGGAAAGGCCAUGUGCACCGACAUCCUGUUCAAGGAUGUAAUUCAAGCCAUAAAGGAAACGGCGUUUGUAACGUCUGAAUAUCCUGUCAUUCUGUCCUUUGAGAACCACUGCAGUAAAACGCAGCAGUAUAAGAUGGCCAAGUAUUGCGAGGAGAUCUUCGGAGAGCUGUUGCUGAAGCAGCCGCUGGAGGGAUUCCCAAUCGAAGCCGGGCAGCCGCUGCCGUCACCCAACGACAUCAAGCGCAAGAUACUCAUCAAGAACAAGCGCUUGAAGCCUGAAGUGGAGCAGAAGCAGCUGGAGUCAUUUAAGAAGCACAUGGAGGCUGGAGAGAUGAGCAUACAGACUGGAGAAGAUGAGAACGAUGAAGAUCUGGACAGCGCGCUGGAGGGUAAAGAGCUGAACUCCGACAUGAAGACCAGCACCACUCUGUGUCUGUCGGAGGAUCUCAGUGAUGCGGACGCUCAGGACAGCAGCCUCAGGAAGAAGAUCCCAGAUGAAGACGUCACCGAGGUCUCGGAGGUGACUGAAGUCACGGACCCCACUGAUGUGUCUGAAGCGUCGGACCUGGAGAACAAGAAGAAGGGUGUGGAGACGGCUGAAGAUGCUGACGCUGAGCAGCAGCUCAUCGCCUCGUAUAAAUAUGAAGGAGCCACCACCAACAUCCACCCGAUCCUGUCCGCUAUGGUCAACUAUGCCCAGCCGGUCAAGUUCCAGGGCUUCGAGGUCGCAGAGGAGAGGAACAUCCAUCACAACAUGUCGUCCUUCAACGAGUCUGUGUUUUUGUUAUAUCAAAACAAAAACCACAUUGAGUUUGAAAACUACAACAAGCGGCAGAUGAGCCGCAUCUACCCCAAAGGAGGCCGCGUGGACUCCAGCAAUUACAUGCCUCAGAUCUUCUGGAACGCCGGCUGCCAGAUGGUGUCUCUGAACUUCCAGACUCCAGAUCUGGGUAUGCAGCUGAAUCAGGGGAAGUUCGAGUACAACGGCGCAUGCGGGUACCUCCUGAAACCAGACUUCAUGCGCCGCUCCGACAGAAUGUUCGACCCGUUCUCUGAGACGCCAGUAGAUGGAGUGAUAGCAGCGACCUGCAGCGUACAGGUGUUCUCGGGGCAGUUCUUAUCGGAUAAGAAGAUCGGCACGUAUGUGGAGGUGGACAUGUACGGCCUUCCCACCGACACCAUCCGGAAAGAGUUCCGCACACGUAUGGUGAUGAACAACGGGCUGAACCCGUACUACAACGAGGAGCCCUUCGUCUUCAGGAAGGUGAUCCUGCCGGAUCUGGCCGUGCUGCGUAUCGCUGUGUACGACGACAACAACAAGCUGAUCGGUCAGAGGAUCCUGCCGCUGGACGGACUGCAGGCCGGUUACCGACACAUCUCGCUGCGCAACGACGGAAACAAGCCGCUGUCGCUGCCCACCGUCUUCUGCAACAUCGUCCUGAAGACAUACGUGCCAGACGGCUUCGGCGCCAUCGUCGACGCUCUUUCUGAUCCAAAGAAGUUCCUCACCAUCGCAGAGAAACGCGCCGACCAGAUGCGGGCUCUCGGGAUCGAUACGAGUGAUAUCGCAGACGUGCCCAACGAAAACUGCAAGAGUGAUAAGAAGGGAAAAGUGAGUCAGGCGAAGACCAAUGUGACGCCGCAGAGCAGCUCCGAGGUGAACGCCACACAGAACAACAUCAGCGAGAGCAAACGUGAUAAUGCCAUUUUGAAUCAGGUGAACAUUGAAGAUUUGAAGCAGAUGAAGACCUUCAUUAAACUGAUGAAGAAGCAGCAGAAGGAACUGAACACGCUAAAGAAACGACACGCUAAGGAACACAACGCCAUGCAGAAAUCACACUGCACACAGGUCGACAAAAUGGUGGCUCAGCAUGACAAGGAGAAGUUCACGCUGGAGAAGCUGCUGGAGAAGGCCGUCAAGAAGAGAGGAGAAAGCAACUGCUCCGAGUUAAAGAAGGAAACGGCCGUUAAGGUCGAGACGCUCACGACAGACCAUAAAGAAAAGGUGAAGGACAUGGUGGCGCAGCACACUAAAGAGUGGUCAGAGAUGAUCAACUGUCACAGCACAGAAGAACAGGAAAUGAAGGACGCCCAUGUGACGCAGCAGUGUGAGCUCCUCAAGAAGCUGCUGGCCAGCGUUCAGGAGCAGCAGACGCUGCAGCUCAAGCUCAUCCAUGAGCGGCAAAGCAAAGAGAUGAAGGGCAAUCAGGCGAAGACGUCGAUGGAGAACAGCAAAGCCAUCAGCCAGGACAAGAGCAUCAAAAACAAGGCGGAGCGCGAGAGGAGAGUUCGGGAGCUGAACAGCAGCAACACCAAAAAGUUCCUGGAGGAGAGAAAAAGGCUGGCCAUGAAGCAGGCGAAGGAGCUGGAGCAGCUGCAGAAGUCCCAGCGAGAGCAGCUGGAGAAGCUGGAGAAGUUCAACGAGCAGCUUUUGAAAUCACAUCAUGCAAACAGUCAGACUCAAGGCCAAAGACAUGCAGAAGAUGGUGAAGCUGGAGGAGGACAUGGACCGCAGGCCAGCCACGGUGGUGUAAGUGCUCCGUCCGUCAACUGAGACGAGAGCAGACCCUCACCAUCCUCCACAGGAGCGAGCCGAAGGGUCCGUCUUCAUCUGUGCUUCAUCUCGACUCCCUGCAGUCCGUAGUCUAUAAGCCCCGCCCAUUCUCCCUACCUCAGCUCUAGCCCCACCCACUGCAUUUAACUCCUCCUCUGCAGCGGCGUCCAGCCAAUCCAGCUCUUACCGUAGCUCCGCCCACUCCGCUCAGACGAGCUCCUGAGGACAGACUCAUCACACACGUUUUUAUACACCAUCCUCUUCAUCAUCUUCAUCAGCAGCGCUGCAGCCAUUAUGGGCCGACAACUCAAAAGUGUUCUUUUUCAACUCGUAUCUUAACUGAGCUAGUUAACUGUAGCAGAGUCAGGCGACUGUAGUUUGUCUCACUCUCUGUGAACGGUGCGCUUUUCUCCCGUCCUGAGCACUUUAUAUGUGAUAGGAUUCAGAGGAUCUUUGAGGAUGUAGCAUAGCUUUCCUCUGAACACUACGAAUGUAGACGCCGUCUGGAAACCAGAUCACAGCAGUGUCCCGAGCUUUUAUCAUCUGUUCCUCUCCGUUUUUAAGAUCAGACUCGCACGUCGUUUUAUUUCUGCGGUUUUAAUCAGGCUUUGAGAUGGAGGUGAUGGAGGUGCUAUCCCGAGAAUCGCACGGAUUCGGAGGGACGUGACGCAUCGACGCAAACCAUUUGCUCUUCUCUGACACCACACUGAACUUUGGUUGCACUUGUGUUUGUGUUAUUUUAUUCUCCGGUGUGAUGUAUCGGUACUUGUUUUAAAGAGAGAUGAUUGUACACUGCAAAAAAAAUCACGUUCUUGGUACUUGUUUAACAGUAAAAAUAACUAAACCACAAAACAUAAAUCAAGAUGACAGUCACAAUGACGAGAUGUUUUCUGAAAAGUGUGUCAAAAUAAAAUGCAUUUAUGCUUAAAACAAGAAAGAAACAUGCCAAUGGUCAGAAAGACCUCCCUUUGAAUUCAGUUUAUUGUUCGGAGCCCAUCCGCAGAUAUUUGUGCUUGUUUCAAUCAUAAACUCAUUUUGUUCAGUUUCUCAGAAAACAAGACUUCAUGUGUUGAUUGUGUGUUGAUUUAAGGAAGUUUAGAGGUUUGCACUGGAGAACAAGACAAGGUGUUCGUCCCGGCUGGUGUGCGGUUUUAUUUGUUUAAAUAUUAUAUUUGUUGGUUGUUGCGAGUUUUCCAUCAGUCGUUUUUAUUCCCUUUCUUCUUCUUUUCUUCGCGUCAUGUUUUCAAGUGUUUGGCGGUGAACACAUAUCUCAUGAGAAAGCAAAGUGCUUUAAAUCUCCAUCGCUUACAAAUGUGCCACUAUAUGUCAGGUAGGACCUUUAAAUUAUUUUACAUGAUAAAUGCCAAAAUAAGGGGUUAUUUAUAUAAAGGUGCAUAUAUAUAUAAAUAUAUUAUAGUGAGUAGUUUAAGACUACGUUUGGUUUCUUAGAAGCUUUUUGCACUAGCUGAAUGUUUUCUGUUGUGCGACUUCCACGUAGACUUUUGCUCUAAUAUUAUAGUUUGCGGGAAAAGCAGAUUAUUUUUGCAGAACUGUCACGCUCUGAAUUUCAUCCGUUUCUAUUUGUUUGUCUCCUGAGCUUUCUGUAGCUUCUCAGUGGAUCAUGCUGUAAGUGCUUUUGUAUUUAUAAAUAUAUAUCGUAUUUGUCAAACUUCUAGCAAUGAAAAUACUCAAAAAAUACUGUUGUUAUCCUGCUACUUUAAUACUGUUUUAUAGUAUGUGUACCAAUAAACUCUCCCAGGUGUUAAAUGAAAA